AUGAACCUCCCAUACAAUACAUCUACUACUGCUAAUGCCGAUCGGUUGAAAGCGUUUGCGCUCUGGGCUAAGAUUGUGAUCCCGCUAGUGUUGGUAGGGGCGCUGGGGUCCGGCGUGUAUUGCUGCACGAGCCAUCGGAAGCAGAGGAGGAGGAGGGUGUUAGGGGCGGCGGAGCCAGAGAUGGUAGGGGAGAAGAGUGCGCGGGGGGAGAAAGAUGGUGCGGGGGUAAGGGAGGUGGUAAGGAAGGUGGAUGGGGAUAGUGGGUAG